UUCUUUUGAGGUUAAUCAAAUGUGAAGUACAUCAACUGUUACCUAACUGGCAUUUGAUGAGAUACUUAGAUAAUGCAUGAGUAAAGUAAAAGGUAUUUAGAAUAGUGUGUGUAUGAUUAAGCAUGGAAUAGAUUUCUUUAUUUUUAAGGUUUAAUUCUGAAAUCUUAUUGGGGCUAAAGGUUUCAAAAUUUGCUUUACCUUUAAUUUUAAAAAUUGUAGUGCCAUCCAGCUACUCUGACUGUAUAUCAAUGCUUCGUUCUAUGAUACUCUUUAAGAAUAACUCACUGCACAGUCUGGUAAUGUCAGCCAAUCCACAGAAAAGACACAAAUUAUAAUCAGUUAUAAGAAACUAUUAACAUCAUUUUGACAACCAAAUAGAUAAGUUAAAACAUUCUGCCUUCCCAGUAGUCAUCCUGGGGAAGUUACUGUUCACAGUUGUUAAGGUCAGAGGGGCUUUGCAGUUCAGACAGUUCUGUUAAAAUUUAACAUCUGUGUUUCUAAAAAUCACCGUGCUAUGCAAAUCAUGAAAAAGAAAAGCCACAGGGUUUAUGGAAAAAGUGGAGUUCCAGAUACAACACUCAAAAACUUUAUCAGAGAACAUUUUAAAAAAGAUAGGAUCCUUAAAAAAUGACAGUAUAGUUUUACCCAUGUUAAAUGACUAAGAAAUAUGUACUCCUAUAACGUACAAACAAAUACGGUACUUUGAAAAAGAUCUGAAGUUGGCUUAUGGAAGUGAGCAUAGAUGUGGCAAUUUGUUAUCCUGAAGUGGUCAAAGAAGGGUUUUCUGAAAUCAGAAGGAAAGUUGUAACACAAGAUAUGGCUAGGUGGGGCCGCAUGCUGAUAGGCCAGCUGAGGCAGCUGGCGGAUGUUUGAGGUGUGUUACAUUUUGUGUAUUCACACGCAGCUUGUUUCAGUUGAGCGUGGUUUUCCGCAUCCAACUAGUAUUUCUAGCUGGUAACUAACGCUCAAAUUGUUCCCUAUUAUUUCAAUUGCAUUGGAACAAAUUUGCAGUUUCAAAAUAAGUACUAAGCAGCACCGACUUAAAGCUGAGGGUAAGGGAAAUGCUUGUUUGGAUAGAUAGAGACCCCCUUUUAUACUAGUCUUCAAAAUCCAAGCAUUUUCUGGCACGCUGGCUCAGUCCGUAGAGCCUGCAACUCUCGAUCUUGGGGUCGUGAGUUCAAGCCCCACGUUGGGCAUGGAGCCUACUUAAUAAAUAAAAUUAUUUAAAAAAAUAAAUCUAGGCAUUUUCUGAUAUGUAGAGAUUUAUUGCAGCAAAUAUUUACUGAGCAUCUACUACUUAGCACACACUUUCUAAGUAUUUAGGACACAACGGUGAACAAGGUAGUCUUUCCACUUUGACAAUAACAGUACUUUUGUAAAGAAUUUUGUUGUCAAGGGUCAGUUUUAAGAAGUGAAAUUACACAGGUGAAAGGAGAAGUCUAGCAAGGAGUCUAUUGGACAACAGGCUUUUCUCUAACCUCUGAAAUUAUAUACUUUCGCAAGAUAAUUUCAUGGGGUCCUCUCCCACUCAAGAUUACAUUGUUUACAGAAAAAAUUAUCAUCUCUUAAGGUUAUUAACCAGAACUAAAUUUUAGGAUGGUAUAUAUGUUAAAAUGGGAAGACCUCCUUACCUUCUUGUCCUAUAAGCUAAAAGAGAAUCCUAAUGCAAUCGAGAAGUAAAUUUUAGUUUUAUAUAUUUCAUUCCAUUUCUUUCUGAUACUCAACAUGAACUAUAAUUAAAUGUGUUUCAGUAAAAUUCAACCAUGCAAGAAUAGGGCAAAGAUAAAUGAUAGUUUACAUAAUAAUAUUAAAACUUUAGUGUUCUUAUAUCUCAAGGCCUUUCUCAUCUCCUGUAACUACCCCCCACCCCAAACUCCUUCUUCCUAAUCCUACUGUCCCUCCUUUCUUCUAGCCAGACAGAUGACUAUCUCCAGAAGCUGCCUCAGAUUUGGUUGUUUUGCUUCAUACUUUUUUAACCUUCUUUUUUAAAAAUGUUAAUUCCAGUUUAGUUAACAUGCAGUUACAUUAGUCUCGGGUGUACAAUAUAGUGGCUCAGCAGUUCUGCACAUGACUUAGGCCUCCUCACAAUAAGCGUAUUUCACUCGUCCCUCCGCCCACCUUCCCUCCAGCAACCAUCAGUUUGGUCUCUAUAAUUAAGAGUCUGGUUUUUGGUGUCUUUCUUUUUUCUUUGCCCGUUUUGUUUUGUUUCUUAAUUUAAACAUAUGAGUGAAAUCAUUUGGUGUUUGUCUUUCUCUAACUGACUUAUUUCACUUAGUAUUGUCCCUCUAGACCAUCCAUGUUGUUGCAAAUGGCAAGAUUUCAUUCUUUUUUAUAUUCUUAAACUUCGAAAGUAGCCAUGAUUCUAUGGCCUCCCACUCUCUCCCUCAGCCCAGAGAGCCCUUUAAACACAUACAGCACAGUUAAUACCACUUAGGUAGCACUCGUGUACAGCCUAGACCCAUAUAUCCUUACUCCCUCUGUGAUACAUCUAUUUUGAUGUUUUAAAAGUGCCCCAGACUCCGCAUGUUCAAAACCAAACCCGUAAUCUACCCCUUUGUUUUCUUGGGCCUGUUCUAUCAUUUGUAGAUGGGACCACCAUCCAGUUGAGCAGAUCAGAAACCAGUGUUGACACCGACUUCUUCACCCCAAUAUUUAAUCCAGCAACAAGUUCUAUUCAUUUUUCCUUCCUAAAUAUCCUUUCAGUUUUUCCUUUUACUCAGCCUCCAUUGCUGUUUCUGUAGUUACAAGCUAUUAACCUUUGCCAGCUAGACUACAACAGUAGUUUUCAAACUGAGUUGCUCAUAUAUUUUGCCCUUUUCUCCAUUCUGUAGCUAUUCUUCAUACAUACAUGAUUUUUUGAUCAUGUCCCCUUCCCUGCCUCUGAGCUUAAAUCUUCAGUGACUUCCCAUUACUCAGAAGAUAAAACUUCCAAAUUUUAAUGACCUGCAAGACACAUCAUGACUUGGAGCCUAGCUUCUUCUUGCUCUCUGCUCUCUACAAUUUUUCCUUAUGCACAGUGCUCCUUUCUAAUCCUUUUUUGAAUGUGAAAGAGACGAAACCAAUGUGAUAGCAACAGGCUAGGCUGAGGUGGCAGCAGGAAGCAGACAGAAGGUAAAAUAGUGCCCAAGUUCGAAUAGCUACCUAAAUUACAAACUUGUGUUGAUGUGCCUCUAAUCCAAGAAUUUCCGUGACCUGGAGAGCAAGGGCAUUGACUAGUACUUGUAUCUGCACAUUCUAGACACUCCUUAAGUGUGUGGGUCGUGGCUAAUUAGACUAAAUGAUUGUCUGGUUUUCAAUAUUCUGUGUAUCCAGUUGCCUCAUAAAUGCCCAUAGUUAGCUGCGUUAUAGUUCAUACAGAAUCUAACAUUGGUUUGUUUCAAUAAUGUGUUUAGUUGUAAAAUUUAUUUGCUCACCGCCAAAGGCUACAUUAAAAAUAGUUAUCUUGCUUUGUUCUUAAGGUUUACUUUUGCUGGAUAUAGAAAGUGGGUUGAUGUUUUUUCUUGCAACACUUAAAUUAUGUCAUUUGACUAUUUUCUGGCGUCCACAGUUUCUGAUGACAAGUCAGCAUUAUUAGAAUUGUUCCCCUUUGUGUCAUUUCUUUUGCUGCUUUCAACAUUUUCUUUGUCUUUGAUUUUUAGCAGUUUGACACUUAUAUCUGUGCGUGGUCUUCCUUGGCUUUUCCUGUUUAGGCUUUGAUAUUCUUAAGUAAGAUCUUUUUUGCUGCUGCUGCUGUUGCUGCUGCUGCUGCUGUUGUUGUUGUUGUUGUUGUUUAAAACAAGCUCUGGCCAGUUUUAUUAAAGACAACUUCUGCAUACUUUUCACCAGUCUGUUCUAACAGGCUUCUGGUGAUAUCAGAAUCACCUGGGUCAGGGCAUCCUGUGCCCAAUUCAGUAGUAUUACCACUGCAGAGAUGGACACAAGUUUUGGCCAAUGUGACAUAGUACUGUUUCAGAUUUCUUCAAGGCUGGGCAGCUGUUGGCCAAUUGGCUAGUUUUGCCUUGCCUUGUCUGGUCAUUUUUAGAGUCUGCUCCAACCCCAGCAAGGACUUCCCACUUUUCAUGAGGAGUUGGAGCCUAGAGUUGAUGGACUCCAGCCAUCAUCUUCUGGAUGGUGUUGCAGCCACCAUCUUCUGCCUGCUGUGUGGGAUGACCCCUGACCAAUAGCAGCCACACACGUCUGAGAAGGUGACCAAAGUCUUAACUAACUUGGGGAAAUCUUUAGCCACUACUCUUCAAAUAGUUUUUUCUACCCCAUUUUCUCUCCUUUAUCCUUCUGGAUCUCCAGUUACAAGUACCUUAGACUUUUUGAUAUUUACCCUUAGGUUCUCUUCCUAACCUCACCUACCUGACCCCAUCCCACCCUCAGUCAUUUUUUUAUUCUCCAUCCCUUGGGUGUGAAUAAUUUCUAUUGCUUUGUCUUCGAGUUUACCGACUAUUCUGUCAUUUCCAAUAUAUGGGGAAUCCACCCAGUGAAUUUAUCUCAGACAUUUAUUUUUCACUUUUUGAAGUUAUGUUUGGUUCUCUUUUUUAAAAGAAUAUAGUUUCUGGCUUUUUGGUUUUUUGGGGUUUCAGGGGAGUGGUUUUUUGCUGAAAUCCAAGCAUGUGUGUCCUUACAUCUUUAAGCGUAGUUAAAAUAGCUGCUUUAAAAUCCUUAUGUGCUAAUUCUAGCACCUGGGUCAUCUUGGGCUUGGUCUCCCUUGGUUGCCCUUUCUCUUGAGUAUGGGUCAGUUUUUCCUGUUUCUUAUGAAUGGCAUGUAGAGACUCUGGAUUCUAUUGUGUGCCUUCAGUAGUGAGUAUUGAUGUUUGGUUGGUUUCCUUCCUCGCUUGCUUGCUUUAGGAGGCAGUUAACUUGGCUGAACUCCCAGCUUCAAACUCUGAAAUCUCAGUUAUUUUAGCUUUGGCUGGGCUGCUUGGAAUCUCACAUAUGUGUAGUUCGGGGAUCAGAGAUGUGUGCAGAAUUUAUACAUAGGAUUUGGUGCUUCUCUCCUUGCUGUGAUUUACUUACUAGGUUUUCAGCUGUUGUGGGUAUGCCAGAGUCUACCCUUUGGUUCAUUAAGCUGGUACGGCUGUAGGUUUUCUGUCUAGGUUUUAGCCAUCCGAACCAGCUGAGGCCUGCUCUCUGGCUAAACGCCACUAAAAAAAAUGGAAAAUCACCCCAUGCUGUUAACCUUCUAAGUACUGACUCCUCCUUCUCCCCACCAUCUCUAUUACUGGUUAUGCCUUCUGCUUUCAUGUAGUUGUUUUUAUACUUUGUCUAAUGUUUAUAGUGUUUAUGAGAGAAAUGAGCUAGUAGGAGCCAUUCAGCCAUUACAGGAAAUGAAAUCCCUGAAAUACAGUUGUACAUAUGAACAAUUUUGUUGUUUGUGUACUUGAUGGUCUUUAUUAGAAAAGCAAGUGUGAUAAGACUUUUUCAAAGAAUUUGGGAACUUUAUGUUUUAAUAAUGGGAUAAGUUGAAAUUUAUUUUCGUGAUUCAUCCUCUUCUAAUAAAGGUGGUCCUGAAUUAGACUGAAAAUUCAUUUAUUUGCCUCUCCCUCAAAUUGUGCAAAAAUUUCCACAUCUAGAUCAUUUGAAAAGUGUUUUAGAAGCAAAGUAAUGUGAAGAAACCAUACAGUAAAACUUUCAUUUCAUGCAGCAAAUGUUGCAUGUUUGACCUAGGUCCUGAGGUGGGUAUAGCAGUGAAUUUCAAAGUUUUUGAUCCUGUGGAGUUACCAUUUUUCAGAUAGAUGGAAAAUAAAUAAAUAAAUACGUAUCGGGUAUUGACACGCUAUGAAGAAAAGUAGGGUGUGAGGACGUGAGGAGGAGACUUGUGGCUUUAUUCUUGAGAGAUUGGUCAAGGAAGCUACUGUCUCUGAGGGAGUGACAUUCCAUCAGAGAUGUUAGUGAAUUAAGAAAGGGGGCCAUGCAAGUAUCUGAGGGUAAAAUGUUCCAGGCAGAAGGAGCAGUGGUGCAAAAACCAUAAGGGAGGAAAGAGUGGCUUUUUUGAGAACUAACCAGAACUGAGGGGACUAGAAUGGUAGAAGGUGAAGUCUGAGGGGUGGUAGUUAGCCACGGGCCUCGUGUUGUAGGACUGAGCAGGGGAUUUUGCUCUGGUUUACUUUUCACAAAGAUCCCUCGAUAGAAUGAGGGGCAGAGGGGGAACAGAAAAUGAAGGCAAGGGACGAAACAGGAAGAGACCUUUGCAGUGGCAGUCUGUGUGAAUGACAGUGGUGGCUUGGACAAGAGCAGUAACAGAGGUGGGAGACAGUGGUCAGAUUCAGAAUAUUAUUUUACAGAUCCAGCCAACAAGACUUGAUGACGGAUUAGAUCUGGGAUCUGAAAGAAGGAUCAACUGGAUGAAUGAUGGCACCAUUUACUGAGAUGGAAAAGACUGCGAAGGGAUUGGCUUGAAAGGGGGGAAAUUAAGAGUUUCCUUUUGGACAUAAAAAUGCUUGGACAGAAGAGAUGAGUACUAUUUCCACUAAGGCCUAGAAUUGCCUACUGUACAAAUAGUCCUGAUCAGGCAAUAUACGAAUGGCCCAAGGAAGCCACCAAAUUGAUUUUCAGGUUUUACAUGACCUGCGACAAAAAUUCCCUGAAGUACCUGAAGUUGUUGUAUCCAGGUGCAUGUUACAGAAUAAUAACAACCUGGAUGCCUGCUGUGCAGUUCUCUCUCAGGAGAGUACAAGGUAUCUUUAUGGUGAAGGAGACUUGAACUUCUCGGAUGACUCUGGAGUUUCUGGCCUACGCAAUCACAUGACUUCUCUCAACUUGGACUUGCAGUCGCAGAAUGUUUACCACCAUGGGAGAGAAGGACAUCGAGUGAACGGAAGCAGGACUCUGACGCACAGCAUUAGUGAUGGACAACUUCCAGGUGGUCCGGCCAAUAACGAGCUAUUUCAGCAGGAGCCACAGACAGCACCAGCUCAAGCUCCUCAAGGCUUUAACGUUUUUGGAAUGUCUAGUGCAUCAGGUGCUUCAAAUUCAGCACCGCAUCUUGGAUUUCACUUAGGCAGCAAAGGAACAUCUAGCCUUUCUCAGCAGACUCCCAGAUUUAAUCCCAUUAUGGUGACGUUAGCCCCAAACAUCCAGACUGGUCGUAACACUCCUACAUCUUUGCACAUACAUGGUGUACCUCCCCCUGUACUGAACAGUCCACAGGGAAAUUCUAUCUAUAUUAGGCCUUAUAUUACGACUCCUGGUGGUACAGCUCGACAGACACAACAGCAUUCUGGCUGGGUAUCUCAGUUUAAUCCUAUGAACCCUCAACAAGUCUAUCAGCCUUCACAGCCUGGCCCCUGGACUCCUUAUCCUGCAUCUAAUCCUAUGUCACAUACCUCAGCCCAGCAGCCAAACCAGCAAGGCCACCAGACCUCUCACGUCUACAUGCCCAUCAGUUCACCUACUACUCCACAGCCACCGACCAUUCAUUCAUCUGGGAGCUCCCAGUCCUCUGCCCAUAGCCAAUACAACAUUCAGAACAUUUCGACAGGACCUCGAAAGAACCAGAUCGAAAUCAAACUUGAACCCCCACAAAGAAACAGCUCUUCAAAAUUGCGUUCCUCUGGACCUCGAACCUCCAGCAGUUCCUCUUCGGUCAAUAGCCAGACCUUAAAUAGAAAUCAGCCCACUGUUUACAUAGCUGCCAGUCCCCCAAAUAGUGACGAGAUGAUGUCCCGUAGUCAACCUAAGGUCUACAUUUCGGCCAAUGCCGCCCCAGGAGAUGAACAGAUCAUGAGGAAUCAGCCCACCCUCUUCAUAUCCACAAACUCCGGAGCAUCUGCGGCCUCCAGGAACAUGUCUGGGCAAGUGAGCAUGGGUCCUGCCUUUAUUCACCACCACCCUCCCAAAAGCCGAGCAAUAGGCAAUAACUCCGCAACUUCUCCUCGAGUGGUGGUCACUCAACCCAAUACAAAAUACACUUUCAAAAUUACAGUUUCUCCUAAUAAACCCCCUGCAGUUUCACCAGGGGUGGUGUCCCCUACCUUUGAACUUACAAACCUUCUAAACCAUCCUGAUCAUUAUGUAGAAACAGAGAAUAUUCAGCACCUCACGGACCCUACUUUAGCACAUGUGGAUAGAAUAAGUGAAGCACGGAAGUUGAGUAUGGGAUCUGAUGAUGCUGCCUACACUCAAGCUCUGUUGGUACACCAGAAGGCCAGAAUGGAACGACUUCAAAGAGAACUUGAGAUUCAAAAGAAAAAGCUGGAUAAACUAAAAUCUGAGGUCAAUGAAAUGGAAAAUAAUCUAACUCGAAGGCGCCUGAAAAGAUCAAAUUCCAUAUCCCAAAUACCUUCACUCGAAGAAAUGCAGCAAUUGAGAAGUUGUAAUAGACAACUCCAGAUUGACAUUGACUGCUUAACCAAAGAAAUUGAUCUUUUUCAAGCCCGAGGACCACAUUUUAAUCCCAGCGCUAUUCAUAACUUUUAUGACAAUAUUGGAUUUGUAGGUCCUGUGCCACCAAAACCCAAAGAUCAAAGGUCCACCAUCAAAACACCAAAGACUCAAGACACAGAAGAUGAUGAGGGGGCUCAGUGGAAUUGUACUGCCUGUACUUUUUUGAACCAUCCAGCCUUAAUCCGCUGUGAACAGUGUGAGAUGCCAAGGCAUUUCUGAGCCAAAAGGCCCUAUAUCUCUAAAACCACAUCUGAAGUUCAAGAAACUAGUCUGUCAUCAGGGGAAAAGUUUCACUGCUACAUAGGAUUUUGUCAAAUUGAAGGUGUGACAGGAUGGUGUUGUGCUAAUGGUAAAUGUCAGCCCACAGAGCUAAUAAUACCUCAGUCUAAUGUCAUGGGCAGUUGAAAUUCAUCACAUGAAAGGUAAUCUGCUGAAAGACUUGGUUGCCCACUGCCUAACCAUGUACAGUGUUACCAGUAGCCCGUUAUGGAUACUUCUCAAUCUAUUAAUGCCUAGGUGUUCCCAGUACCUUUUCCCCCUCAUGUCACUACUGAAUUUUGACAGGAGGCAGGAAUAGAACGAUGGCUUUUUUUUUUAAAGCUUUCGGUGAAACACUACAAACAUGAAGAAAAGGAACAAGGUUUAACUAUUUAAAAACUGUUUGCUGCCGCAUGGUGCCAAUGGAUGGGGGAAGAACUUCAUGAAUCUGUGGUACUCCUGGCCUUGUCUUUGUCUUCCCUGAAAACGUCUCCACUCUGUGAAGCCAGCAUCUGGGCUCUAAAGAUGAAAAGGAAAGCAGCGUGCAUUGUCUGUACAAACAUGCAGUGAAAUAUCCCAAAGCUUUUCCUGCUGUACAGAUCUCUCGAGUCUGCUUUAAGUGAUUUCUUUUCUUCUUUAUUAUUUUCUUAUAUUUCUAUAUGUAUAGUGUAAUAGUCUUUUGUUAACUAAUUUUCUUUUUUCCUUUUAGUGAUUAAGCACGAUCAUGUCCCUUUUUAAGCCUUACCUGAGAGAAGCAAUGCCUUAAAAUAAAAAAAAGCAUUAAUGAAAUGAAGCUGUGCACAAAAUAACCUUCCUCUGCUCACUCUGUACUUUGCCCUCAUGAGUGCCGAUGUUCUGUGAAGACAUUCAGAUGCUGCCCAGUGAAUUGCAGGAAAUAUUCCAAGACUUACGUCGAUAAGUCACACUAUCUGUACUGACUUCGGCAGUGGGUGGCACAACGGUGUUUGAUCUCCCACAGGGAAGCUUAAAACAAAAGGUAUUUUUAACCCACUGACAGAGCAACAAGGUUGAGCUUGCUCCAUCUGCCUGGUGUCCCACAGAACUCUCACGGGAGAUUACGAUCGGGAAAGUACAGUUUGCAAAACCAGCAACAGCGGCCGUACCUACAGCCCUGGUGUGGGGAGAAGUUUAAAUGCUUUACUGUUGGGGCAGUCCGUUUCUAAACCUGAAAACCUGUUGGUGGCAGUAUCAUGCGUAUUUAUAAAACGAGGCUAGUCAUAUUUAGGACAACUGAAGGAAAGCUGGAAAAAAGAAAAACAAGCAAACUUGAACACUGAAGCAACCUCAAGCAUCUCUUUAUUUUGAUGAUCUAUUUUUAUAAGGAAAAUAAAUAUUCAGAUGAUCGGGAAUGUAUAUAACUAAAUGAAAUCAAGAAAAAGAAAUAACAGUAUGCAUUUAAGAGCAGAAUUAUGAAAUUAUCUAUCAGUGCUUAGAACGGGGCUAAGGGAAGUGCUGAAAUGUAGCAAAAAGGUAGGAGAUAAUGUUGACUGUCACCCAUUGUAAAUGUCUGCAAAUGGAUAUUUUUUAAGUAGGCAGGAUUAUUACAGGUGAUCUGUAUGAAUGUCAGAGCCUCGACUUCCGGGCUUUGCAUCUUGUAUAUGGGAAGAAAUAGGACAGUCCUAGUUAAUUAGCCCAUAGACCCAAAGCCCUUACAUUUGAUACGUUUUGUUUUAAAACUAGGCCUUGUUUUUCAGCUUCAUCUGCAGUUCUAUGUGAAGAUUGAUAAAUCAGUUUUUACUUGUUUUAUUAAUAAAACGUAAUUUGGAUAUCUUGA